UUCAAUAAACCCAGAGGAGGUGGAGGAGGAGGAGGAGGAGGUGGUGGUGGCAACAGGAAGGCUGCUGGUGGAUGUUGGGAUGAUGAAGUUGAUUUCAGCCUGGAUUUGGGUCCCAGUCGGUCAUUCAAGCCUCCCUCAUCUAGAGGUUCAAGAGGUGUUCGUGGGGCUCGUGGAGGAACCGGCAGAGGAAGAUCUCAGGCGCUGCCCAGAAGACAUGAGGAGGAAGAGAAGAGAUCCAGAUUUAGACCCGAGCAAGUGCAGCUGCCUCUUGCAGAAGAUACACAUGACGUCAGAGAACAAACUACAGGUCAAAGAACUACUGCGGGAACUUCAGAGCCAGGAGUAUCAGACGGCAAACAGUGGCUCUGAUUAUGAAGGUGGUGAGGAGGAAGAGGAUGAGGAAGAGGAGUAUGAUGAGCUGGACCAUCGUGAGGAAGAUCAGUUUUGGCAAACUCAUGAUGAUGGAGUAGAGUGUGCUGAGAGUGAUGACUGGAUGGAGGACUCGGUCGAGGAGAAGCACACAAAGCCAGAGCCGGUGAUCUCCCUGUUUGCCAUGGGCACUCUUUGCAGGUAUGGGUUUGACCGUGAGCGCUGUCGACAAGCUUUGGAGGCUGGAGAACGAAGUGGACAUGGUGAGGUUGGAGCGACGUUAGAGUUCCUCCUGUCCCAGAUGUUCAGAGAACGUUUCGGCUCCAGCGCCCUCAGCCCCCAAACAUCCGACCUCCCUUCCCAGGAGGAAUGUGUGGCUUCGCGACAGGAAGAGGCCCUCGCUUUGACCGCAAUCUACGGCGACCGCUUCUGUGAGCGUAUCAGCAGUCGCGUUUGGACUAUCCAGCUUGAUUUGCUGUGGUUGGAUAAAAGCCGGAACAAAACUCCAGACUCUGCGAAUUGUAAAAAGCAGUCAGGAUCCAAUCAGAUUUGUAAGUUUUACCUGAAGGGGGCAGGUUGUAAGUUUGGAAACCGCUGCAAGUUCAAGCACCAAAAUAAUGAAUCGAGCUCUUCCAGAGAGUUUUGUAAGGCAAGUCAACCGGGGUUUAGCAGCACAGAAGCUCCUGUUUACCAGCUGGAGAUUCGAUUCCAACCAGGUAGUUUAUAUCCUUUUCAGCCUCCGUUUGUGGCCUUCAGUAGCACCGAUGAAUCGCUGUCAGGCGCGGGACGCCUCAGUGUCACAGAGUACCUGUUCGGUCAGUCACUAAGUGCUGCCCAGGAAGGAGAGCCGGUGGUUUACACCCUCAUUUCCUGUCUGGAGGAGGAUGGACCUGUCAGAGAGUUGCUGUCAGCUGCUCAUCACAAGUACAGUGCUCCGCCCCCUGUUCUUGCUCCACCCACUGUCACUCCAUCCAGGAAUCGAAGCAGUAGGAACACUGUAGAAAACAGCAUUACAACCAAUACUGUAACUAGAGAUCAAUCAACCAACUCCACAGAGAUCACAAACCACAGAGUGAGACAGAAGGAAGAUGCGUUGAAUCUAAGAGAGGAUGUUGAUGAUGAACAAGAAGAUGGUGGUGAUGAUGAUGAAGACGAAGAGGAAUGUAUCCCAGUGGAAAACGAGAGCUAUGUUAACUUGAGGAAGAGGAUGGUGAAGAAGAUGGAGAUCAAAACUGAGCAAAUACUGCAAGACAACAAGAAGCUCUGUCGAGAGUUUAAGAGGAAACAGUCGUCGAGGCGCUAUACAUCGAUGCAGGAGCAGAGGCAGAAGCUACCUGCAUGGGAGAAGAGAGAAGCCAUAUUGGAGUGUUUGGAUAAGAACCAGGUUCUUGUCAUCAGUGGAAUGACUGGGUGCGGGAAAACCACUCAGAUUCCUCAGUUCAUUCUGGAUCAUUUCCUCCAGACUGGAUGGCCGGAUAGAGUGGCCAACAUUAUUUGCACUCAGCCACGGCGCAUCUCUGCCAUCGCUGUGGCGAGCCGAGUGGCCCAGGAGCGAGCAGAGGCCUUGGGUCACUCUACAGGCUACCAGAUCCGUCUGGAGACCGUCAGGUCCUCGACCACCAGGCUGAUGUUCUGCACCACUGGCGUCCUUUUGCGCAGGUUGGAGGGCGACUCUGAGCUCAGCGGCAUUUCGCAUGUGAUCGUAGAUGAGGUCCAUGAAAGGACAGAAGAGAGUGACUUCCUGUUGCUGGUUCUGAAGGAUCUGAUUGUUAAAAGGACAGAUCUGAAAAUAAUUAUGAUGAGUGCAACCCUGAAUGCUGAGCUCUUCUCACAGUACUUCAGCAACUGCCCCUGCAUCCAUAUACCAGGACGUACAUUCCCGGUGGAGCAGUUCUUUCUUGAAGAUGCCAUCGCUAAGACCAGGUAUGUCAUUGAAGAUGGUAGUCCAUAUCGGCGCUCUGCAAAGCAAAAUCGUCCCUCUGGUCAGGGUGGCACGGCUGGGAAGGGACGAGCUCCUGUUGAAGACUUUGAUGAUGAUUGCAGUUGGUCUUUUACAUCUUUCGUGAAAAAGGAUUCGGUCAAAGACUCCAUACCUGAUCAGCAGCUUAGUCAACAGGAUCUCACUGUUCGAUAUUCCAAUUAUUCAAAGUCUGUAGUGAAAACAUUGGCUGCUAUGGAUCUUGAUAAAAUCAACAUGGACCUGGUGGAGAAUCUGUUGGAGUGGAUUGUUGAUGGAAAGCACAGCUACCCACCGGGUGCUGUUUUGGUCUUCCUACCAGGACUUGCUGAAAUAAAGCAAUUAUAUGAGCAGCUGCAGUCUAACAGGAUGUUCAAUAAUAGAAGAACAAACAGGUGUGUAGUGUAUCCUCUACACUCAUCCCUGUCCAAUGAGGAGCAGCAGGCUGUCUUUACCCGCCCACCUGAGGGUGUGACCAAAAUCAUCAUCUCUACCAACAUUGCUGAAACUUCUGUUACCAUUGAUGAUGUUGUGUAUGUCAUAGACUCUGGCCGGAUGAAGGAGAAGAGGUAUGAUGCUAGUCGCAGUAUGGAGAGUCUAGAGGACGUGUGGGUGUCUCGUGCCAACGCUCUUCAGAGAAAAGGCCGUGCCGGUCGUGUGGCAUCAGGCGUCUGCUUCCAUCUGUUUACGAGCCAUCGUUUCACAUACCACCUGAGUCAACAGCAGCUGCCUGAGAUCCAGAGAGUUCCUCUGGAGCAGCUCUGUCUAAGGGUUAAGGUGCUGGAGGUGUUUGCAGAGCGUCCUCUGGAGUCUGUUUUCUCUCAGCUUAUUGAGCCGCCCACAGAGGGCAGUCUGGAGGCUGCUAAACAGCGCCUGUGUGCCCUGGGCGCCCUGACAGACGAGGAGUCUCUGACUCCCCUCGGUUGGCAUUUGGCCUGUCUGCCUGUGGAUGUCCGCAUCGGUAAACUCAUGCUGCUCGGAGCUAUUUUCCGCUGCCUGGACCCUGCCCUCACCAUCGCUGCCAGCUUGGCUUUCAAGAGUCCAUUUGUGUCUCCCUGGGAUAAACGAGAGGAAGCUAAUGAGAAGAAGUUGGGGUUCUCUCUAGCGAACAGUGACCAUCAAGCUUUACUGCAGGCGUACAAGGGCUGGUGUAACGCUGCACAGAGUGGCUUUAAGGCUGGUUACCAGUACUGCAGAGAGAACUUCCUCUCCAUCCGGGGCUUACAGGAGAUAGCAUGUCUUAAAAGGCAGUUUGCAGAGCUUCUGUCUGACAUUGGCUUUGUGAAAGAUGGACUGAAGGCCAGGGUUAUUGAAAAAAUGAGCUCGAAAGGAAGUGAUGGGGUGCUGGAGGCCACAGGCUAUGAGGCCAACCUGAACUCUGAUAACACAAAGCUGAUGUCAGCCAUGUUGUGUGCCGCUCUCUACCCUAAUGUAGUCCAGGUGAGAUCUCCUCAGGGGAAGUAUAAGAUUACCAGUAAAGGGGCUGUGAAGAUGCAGCCUAAAGCAGAGGAACUGCGCUUCAUGACCAAGAGUGACGGAGCCGUCCACAUACACCCCUCAUCUGUCAACUUCUCUGUUCGACACUAUGACAGCCCAUACCUGGUGUACCACGAGAAGGUGAAGACCAGUCGAGUGUUUAUCCGUGACUGUAGCAUGGUGUGUGUGUAUCCCAUGGUGUUAUUCGGAGGGGGGCAAGUGAACGUGGAGCUACAGCGUGGAGAGUUCACCAUCUCUCUGGAUGACGGCUGGAUUAAAUUUGCUGCCGCGUCUCAUGAGGUGGCCGAGCUGGUGAAAGAGCUGCGGUGGGAGUUGGAUCAGCUCUUAGAGGAGAAGAUCAGAAAUCCCAGCAUGGAUCUGAUCAGCUGUCCUCGAGGAUCUCGCAUCAUACACACCAUAGUGUCACUCAUCUCCACACAGUAACACACAGUCGUUCAAUACACAGCACCAACGAAACGCACAUUCACUCACAUAGUAUUGAUUAAAGUGAAAGAUCACCCAAAAAUUGAAAUUCUCUCCUUAAUUACUCACUCUCAUGUCGUUCCAAACCCACAAGACCUUUGUUCAUCUUCAGGACACAAAUUAAGAUAUUUUGGAUGAAAUACGAGAGCUUUCUGACAUAUACAGCAAUGCAACUGACACAUUCAAGGCCCAGAAAGGUAGUAAAGACAUCAUUAAAAUAGUCCAUGUGACAUUAGUGGUUCAACCGUAAUGUUAUGAAGCUACAAGAAUACUGUGUGCAAUGAAAAUAAAAAUCAUGACUUUAUUCAACAAUUAUUUGUCGGAAAGCUCUCGGAUCUCAUCAAAAAUACCUUUAUUUGUGUUCUGAAGAUGAACAAAGGUCUUACAGGUUUGGAAUGACACAAGGGUGAGUAAUUGAUGGCAGAAUUUUAAUUUUUGGGUGAACUAUCCCUUUAAAUGACACCUUAUAGCAUGUCAGUAGAAGGUUUUGCUGAAAUGUGAAGGCACUUGAAAUAUAUUCAUUUAGCUUCAUUUUCUUUUAUAGAAUAAAUGCAGAAAAUGUCUUUUGACAUUGUGUGAUUUCACACAAACAUUUCUUAAAUCCCUAAGUCCAUAUUGGACUGCUUUAAUUCAAUGUUACAGAAUCAAGCACUAUCAGAAGCAUGUGCAUGAAACUUGAAUGUAUGGCAUGAGGUAUUUAAGUAUGAAUUGUGUCAAAUUUAAAGAUUAUUAUUGUGUUUUGAAUUACUAACUUCUAUUAUAGUGUGGGACUACUAUGAAAUGUCAUAUUUUUGCCAAAAGAUGCAUUAUCAAGUGUAUUUAAAAAUAAAUGAAUUAAUUGGAUUAAAAAUAA